AGCGCAACCGUCGGUCAUCGCAAAUCGGAUGUUUAAUUUAUGCUCGUUUAUUUUUUUUUAAGUCACGGUUUAAAGUGUUACACUCCCCUGGGCCUGAAAAGUUUCACUUUUCAACGCAGUUUUCUUGGAGCAGAAGUCUUCAACAUGAGCAAGCCUGCUGGUUCAACAAGUGGUUGUUUGGAUAUUUUAAACGUCAAAUCCAGUCGGAUUCUGGACAUUCCAUGUAAAGUGUGUGGCGACCGAAGUUCUGGAAAGCACUACGGUGUAUAUGCGUGUGAUGGCUGCUCGGGAUUUUUCAAGAGGAGCAUCAGGAGAAACAGAACGUAUGUCUGCAAAUCUGGCACACAGGGUGGUUGUCCAGUAGACAAGACACACAGAAACCAGUGUCGUGCUUGUCGCUUGAAAAAGUGCCUAGAAGUGAAUAUGAAUAAAGAUGCCGUGCAGCAUGAGAGAGGACCGAGGACGUCAACCAUUCGGAAGCAGGUGGCUCUGUAUUUCCGAGGGCAUAAAGAGGUGAACGGUUCGUCAGCUCACUUUCCAUCCACGUCUAUCCCGGGGCCGCCGUUUUUCACAACAGUAACGCAACUGGAGCCUCACAAUCUGGAGUUAAACACGGUCACCACUACACCGGAGCGACAAGCCAUUGUGGGACUCGCUCAGCCCACACCGAAGUAUCCUCAUGAAGUUAGUGGCACUCCCAUGUACCUGUAUGAAGUGGCGACUGAGUCUGUGUGCGAGUCAGCGGCGCGCCUGCUCUUCAUGAGUAUUAAAUGGGCCAAGAGUGUUCCGGCCUUUUCUACGCUCCCUUUACCUGACCAGCUGAUCCUUUUAGAAGACGCAUGGAGGGAACUAUUCGUAUUGGGCAUAGCGCAGUGGGCCAUUCCUGUGGACUCCAGCACUCUCCUAGCAGUUUCAGGAAUGAACACAGACAACACAGAUUCACAGAGGCUAAACAAGAUAGUCUCAGAGAUCCAGGCGCUGCAGGAGGUAGUGACACGUUUCAGACAGCUUAGGCUGGAUGCAACAGAGUUUGCGUGCCUAAAGUGCAUCGUCACCUUCAAAGCAGUUCCAACACACAGUGGUUCGGAACUGAGUAGAUUUCGCAACGCAAGUGCCAUUGCAGCCCUUCAAGAUGAGGCCCAGCUGACUCUCAACAGCUACAUUCACACCAGGUACCCCACUCAGCCGUGUCGUUUUGGGAAACUGUUGUUACUCUUGCCCGCUCUACGUUCAGUUAGUCCAUCCACCAUUGAAGAGGUGUUCUUCAAAAAAACAAUCGGAAAUGUCCCAAUCACACGAUUGCUCUCCGAUAUGUACAAGUCCAGUGAUAUAUGAGCUAUACUGAUGACAAAGAAAACAUUGCAACUUUGACCUUGACAUUCACAUGGACGCUGAGAUGCUGCAGAUGUUCGUUGAAGCCCUAAUGUGAUACUUCACACACUUGUUUGGAUAAUAAAGCAUUACCAAUGUCCAGAUGUUUUUUACGCAGGGAAAUGAAAAAAGACUGAAUCUCCACUGGUUAGAAAAAAAAAGAACAUUUAACCAAAUUCUAAACAGUAAUUUUCUAAUUGAUUUACUUUUAAAAUAUUUAAGUUCGUUUAUGGAAGUAACUUAACAAGCUUUAUCUGUUCUUGUUCUGUCAAGAUUAAAAACAAAAGUAUCUUAGUUUGUAAUCAUAUGUUUGAAUGGAGUGUCCGUGAGGUUAUGUACAAUCAUUCAUUGCGACGGGAUGUUUCAUUGUGUCCAGAUGAUCAGCUGCCUUACGGCCAAUGGUGUUUUAUUUCAGCAUUGCUUUUAUGAUUUGUGUGUAAUGUCCACAAGAACUUUGAAAGAAACCAAAAAAAUAAAGAAACCAUGAAGUAGCAUUGCAGGAAAGUAGAUGCUGUCCCUUUGACAUGAGCCACAACUGUUAUAAGAAUAUGUUCUUAUAGGUCAUUUCUCCAGCAGUUCCAGUUGUAAUCAAAUACACCUGAACCAGCUAAUCAAAGUCUUCAGGUUACUUAAAGUACACGAGUGUAGAGGGUUGGAAUUAAACUCUGCAGGACUGAGCACCACUGACUUCAUGCAUCACGUAAUUACUCAUUCAGGUGACUGGGAGGCCACAGCACCCUUGUGACCUUAAUAUAAGAUUAGGGUUCACAUGCAGGGCAUUUAAAAUCCUCUGGAUAUUUUUGUUGGAAUUGUAUGCCCACACUACAAAUGUAAUUUAAUUGAUGUUUAAAACCUGUUUCUGCUCUAUAAGAGGCCCAUAUCAGAGGCCACCAUAUAAAACCUUUCUUUGAGUAGUUACUAACACUGGAAAAGAGACACGAUCAGCACUUGGAAUUAUUAUUUUAUUUUUUUUGUAGUUUGUAAAUACAUUUCUGUUUGUACAGUGAUAAUGUUUGUGAACGUUGUUCAAAAAUAUGAAAAUAAAUAUUGAAUAUUGAUGGCCUGGUCCUUCAACCACUGCAGUGUUUUGGGGGGUUUCUAUGGCUUCUUUUUACAGCAGGAAAAAAGGUCAGUUUCACCCUAAACAGGGUACUAAAUGGGGAUAGAAAGAGGUUCAUGUCUGUACGUAAGUGCAUAUUGAACCACUGCCGAUACAAUACCCUGGACCUUGAGUGAAGUUGCUGUGCCUAGCAUGGCUCAGGGUUUCAAGCACUCUUUCAUAAAUCAAGGGCUUUGCCUAAAUUGCAUUUUUUUUUUUUUAUCUUCGUUUUUUGAUAGAGAGGACACAAUAGAUAGAAACAUGAUUGCGAUAACAACUUUAAAUCCAAUUUAGCCUACUCCUUUUUAAUGGGCUGCACUGAUUUGGAACGAACUCCAAGGUUACAGGAGCCAAGCGACUGUGUCCUUCCCUUUACCUUAGCUAGUAUUGUCAUGCAUCGACUCUCUGCACUGAGAAAAAUUAAGUGUUGGAAUUUACUUAAAAUAUAUAUAUAUAGCAUUUUUGCAUCACGCUUUUUAAGCAAAUUCAACUUAUGGUCAUUUAAUGUCAACUUAACUAGAAAACCUAUUAGAUAUGCACAAAUGUAACAGUUAAUUCAACUUUAUUUACUUGAAGAUGUCACACAAAUAAGAUUUAACAACUAAUAGCACACUGUUUCAAAUGAACUUUAAUAUAAUGGUUUAUACUUCAUUUAAUUGGCUCAAAAGAAAAUAAUGACUGAGGUCAGUCAUUAAACAUUUGAUUCCCAAAGAAGUGCAGAUAAAGCUGCACUUCAGCUUGCGCCAGGUAAAAUAACAUUAAUUGAACAGGAUCCAACUUUACUAAAGGAAACACUAAUCACCCUAAUGUUUACUUUAAGAAACAUAUAAUUUUAGUAAAACAACAUCAAUUAUACAAAAAGAGCUAAAAUCUCUAUGAAUUUGUAAUAAAAACUAAUUAAAUGCCCAAUAAGUUCCUUUUAAACAAAAAACUUGCUUAAAUUACUCGGGGUAUUCCCCACAACCUCAGUUCUGUACUUGAUCUUUUGAGUUAGUAGUACUUAAAAUCUUAAUUUUAUGGACUUUUAAGCCAAAGUUCAAGGACCUCACAAUUAUUCUUUUACUAUAUACAGUUGUGCUCAAAAGUUUGCAUACCCUGGCAGAAAUUGUGAAAUUUUGGCAUUGAUUUUGAAAAUAUGACUGAGCAUGCAAAAAAAAAAACUGUCUUUUAUUUAAGGAUAGUGAUCAUAUGAAGCCAUUUAUUAUCACAUAGUUGUUUGGCU